UAAAAAAAAAGAAAAGUAAAAAGAACAGCUUGUGGACGGACAGGAGCCGGCUCCCAUCGUUCACUUAAAAGAGCCGGCUCUUUGAACCGACUCGUUCGCGACCGACACAUCACUAGUUUACAGAGAGGCAACAGUGAGGCGGAGAGGAGCAGCGUCGAAAUGGUCCAAUGACAAGCUAUGAGUCAAAGUAGUCCCUGCCUGUGGACUCGGCUCCCCCAGAGCAGCCAGUCGCCAUGUGACCGCUUCAAACACGCCUGCUGCAGCUACGAUGGAAAUGUCUACAUCCUGGGAGGAAGAGACAACAGCUGUCUGAGGGACUUCUGGAGGUACAGUGUCGUGUGUAAUGACUGGACGGAGUUGAACUGCACCGGGGAGGCUGCCCCAGAAGAACUAGAGGAGCAUUCUAUGGUGGCGCAUGAGGGCUUCCUGUACGUGUUUGGAGGCUUACUGGAUUCUGCAUACACCAAGUGGCGAUGUCCCCUCUGGGUGUUUGACAUUGCAAAGCAGAAGUGGGUGCACUACCAGAGAAAGACAGGCUCCCCUCAGACCGAAAUGCCAACCAACAGGAAAGGACACAGUGCCGUGGUGCUCGGCUCUGCCAUGCUGCUGUACGGAGGUUUCGUAGACAUGAAAGGAUCCUCGCAGGACUUUUGGAGUUUGGAUUUUGGUACCAUGACUUGGUCCCUGGUGAAUAGUUCUCAGCAGAGCUCAUUAGGCCCAGGCCCCAGACACAGUCAUUCAGCCAUGGCCUACCAGAGCUGCAUGUACUUGUUCGGGGGCUUGAAAGGCUUGCGUGAGCAGAGGGAUUUCUGGACGUGGAAUUCCACCAACCACAUGUGGAGUUCCCUAAAAAACAAGUCCGGUCCGUCCAGACUGAUGGGCCACUCAGCUGUGGCCUACAAGGACAGUAUGCUUCUUUUUGGGGGAGGUGAGAGCCAGAACUCUCCAAACAACUGCCUGUGGAGGUACAACUUCACCACUCAGACCUGGGGGCAGGUUGCCACACUCCCAGGCUCGAGCCCCCCAGACAAGAUUCACCACUGCUGCGCCGGGCUAGGACCCAGCUACAAAUCCAACACCGGCACCCCCUGCUCCAGCUCAGGACUCCAAUCCAGGCUGCUGGACGGGAGAGUAAAGCCCUUCAAGAACAAGUGCUUCCCUGCCCCACUCACUUUUCUGGGAUCAGAAGUAGCUAUAGAGCUGGAGACGUUCAGCCCGGACAAGUGCUACGGGAGAAAAACACUCACAGAAUCCUCAGAACUGGUGAACAGCAAAGAGUGCUUGAUGGGAAACGACGCACACCGAAUUGAAAACUGUUUGACCUUUGAAAACAAGGCUUUCAGGAGACAAUGCACAGACGAGGACCUGCUCAACGAGGAGGAUAGAGACAUGACCCAGCAUCUGCCUGAUCUGAUGCUGGUGCUGGGGGGACGACCCUGUACCGGACACAGUCCAAUCUCCAUGUGGCAAAUGACUCUGACUGACUCGUAACAAACAUUUUCUCUAUGUGAGAAGUGUAAAAAAAACAGUGUUAUAUUAUCACGUUGCCUUUGUUACACUGUAUAUGUUUAAAGAGUAUACAUGAGUAUUACUGAUAUUUUAUGAACAAGAAAUAACCUGAAAUAUUUUUCUGACACUUUUAUUGUUUUGAGUUUGAAUGUUAUGCCAAGUUAAGCAUUUAUUGUACAUUUCAUUUUUACAGAAAUAAAAAUUGCAUUUAAGUUAA